AUGUAUAUUAUAUCAACACGACGAAGCCAUUAUCAAUUUUCACAAUGUCCUCCUGAUUGCACCAAUACUGAAACCAAUAGUUGGACAGCAGUUAUUCGAUACACAGGCGUUGUCCUUUUUGUGUGUUGUGGUGUAUCGUCACAACUUUCAGCAAGAAAACAAUAUUUUUUUGCAGCUUAUGACAGGGAAUUUCGCACGUUAUGUCUUAUUUUUAUUUUUAGCAUAGGAAAAAACAACAACGGAAACAACAACAUCACAAACAAAAGCACUGAAAACAACAACACCGGAAACAACAACACCACAAACAAAAACACUAAGAACAACAACACCAGAAACAACAACACUGGAAACAAAAACACCGGAAACAACAACACUGGAAACAGAAAGACCGGAAGCAACAACACUGGAAACAAAAACACCAGAAACAACAACACUGGGAAAAAAAUUACUGGAAACAACAACACUGGAAACAAAAUCACCGGAAGCAAUAACACUGAAAACAAAAUCACCGGAAACAACAACACUGGAAACAAAAACACCGGAAAAAACAACACUGGAAACAAAAUCUCCGGAAACAACAACACUGGAAACAAAAACAACAUAAACAACAACACUGGAAACGAAAACACCGGAAAAAACAACACUGGAAACAAAAUCUCCGGAAACAACAACACUGGAAACAAAAACAACAGAAACAACAAACUCGAAACGAAAACACCGGAAACAAGAACACUGGAAAAAUCAACACAUAAAACAACAACACGUGGUGGAUUCAGUGGAGGUAAAAAGAAUACACAGCAGGAACUUUCUUAA